CUCCGCCCCUUCCUGCGCCGGGCGGGCGGCAGCGAUGCCCGUGGAGCCCCUGAUCUGCUCCGACACGGCCACACGGGUGAGCUCUGUGCUCAACCGGGAUGUGAAGCACUUCGGGAAGAAGCACAUGUUCGAUGCGAGCGAGGAGACCUGCUGGAACUCGGACCAGGGCACGUGCCAAUGGGUCACCCUGGAUUUCCCCCACUCUGUCAAGAUCUCACAGCUUCACAUCCAGUUCCAGGGGGGAUUCUCCAGCCGGAUGUGCACACUGGAAGGGUGCAAAGCAGGCCAAGAACUGGAGCGCAUCUCCACCCUGUACCCUGAGGACAGCAACGCCAUGCAGAGAUUCCAGGUGGAGGAGACGGUGCUGGAUAAGCUGAAGAUCACAUUUGAGAACAGCACUGACUUCUUUGGGAGGAUCGUUGUGUAUCACCUCCGGGUGCUGGGGGAGAGGCUCUAGGGCAGCACAGGGGGGCUGCAUUCCCCAUGUGGAGGGGGGGACAGACAUACAGCCCCCAGCUGCACCCCGAGGCACUGAGAGGAACCCCCUGCCCCAUGGGAUGG